AGAACUUUAGCUUACUGCAGCAGCUUUCAUGAAGAGAGAGAGAGAGAGAGAGAGAGAGAGAGAGAGAGAGAGAGAGAGAGAGAGAGAGCGCAUGCGGGCACUGCCCUAAUCACAAUUUUGCUGCACAUUAUGAAGUGGGAAUUUCAGUCCAGGAGGUGCCAGAAAUUCUGAUGCCCUUCCUGGAGGAAAGUUCCUAAUAAACCUUUCCCACUCUAUAGUAAAGCUGGGAUCAGAGCUAUCAGAAUCCGCUCCUCCUCCAAGGUUAGACAUCUUGCCAUUGGUGCCAUGAGACAGUGAUGUCACCUGGUCAAUCAGGACACCUCGGGGUAUUUCUGGAGGAUGAACUGACUUUCUGAAAGAAUUUUCUAAUCCAGCAGGUGGAAAAAUAACUUAAUGGUUUUCCAGAGGAGCUCCCAACACUAUCAGAGAUUAAACCUGUGAAAGGAAUGGAUUAAGAAGAAACUAAUUGCCAUCAGCACACAAGCCUCCUUGGUUACAAGAAGAACACAAGAGGGAGGAGAGGGAAGAUUAACCUGGAAGCCACCUGGAGGUGGGUUGUCAUCUGAUUGCAUCAGGAUAAGAACAUUAUCGUGGACAGAUUGCAUUAGAGAGAAUAGUCUGAAAAAACAGUGCCUCCGAGUAGCUGAAGAAUGACGGAUAGCAAUGCCCCUGCAGCCAACCUCAAUGCCGGAGACGGAGCAGCAGCAGGUGGACCCACCACGCCACGCAAAGGGCCUCCCAAGUUCAAGCAAAGGCAAACAAGGCAGUUCAAGAGCAAGCCCCCAAAGAAAGGAGUAAAAGGUUUUGGAGAUGAUAUCCCAGGCAUGGAGGGACUUGGAACAGAUAUCACAGUGAUCUGCCCCUGGGAAGCUUUCAGCCAUCUGGAGCUUCACGAGCUGGCACAGUUUGGAAUCAUCUAAUUCACUAGAAUCCCUGAUUAUAUCUCUGGUGACUUCUGGCACUGCAGAAGAGUUUUCAUCCCCUGUGACACUGAUGCUCACCCCUUCAUUCAAAUUUUGACAUGUUACAGAACAGAGGGCAUUGUGGGCAUGGACCAGCUCUGAGCAACUUUCUUUUCAGAUAAUCUUGGUGAGAAAUUAGAAAAGGAUACAAAAAUAGCCAAUCUGGCUCAUCAGUCUUGGAAAUCUUCAAAAUAUGUUCCUGUAAAAUAUCUUGUGCUCUUUUUCUCACUAGAAUUAUCCAUGUGUACAAGGUCUCCUUUUUUUAAAGUCCAGGAUUCCUCUGUAUAUAAAAACCACUCCCAUACUUUCCCACCUGAUUUUGGAUACUUUGUGAGAGUAAUGCAUGUAUAUGCAAUCUUAGAUUCCUCAUGGUUAAGCUCCCUCUCAUGACUCUCACAUACAUGCAUGCAGAUGUUCACGAGAUCGCAAUGACAUCCCCAAAUAACAAAGAGUCCAUAACAUAGGCCAGAGAAUGGGAAAACUACUCUGGAGCCUUCUGAAUUUCAUGGGCACUAACACUAUGACAGCCAUAGAAAGCAAGGGGUUCAGAAAAACACUGCAUAGUCAUUUUCUUAACUACAUGUGCAUGGGUGUAGCCAUUAGGUUCCUGAUGCUCUAAUAAAAUAUAUUAAAACAUGACAGUUUAAUGUAUCUCUUAACACAGUUCUGUCUUUCCUGAGUAAUUUUAACAAAGUCACUUGCAGAGGCUUAUCUUAUCUUGAGGAGGGAAAGAGUAUACAUACUCAAGGGCACUCUUUUGGUUAUUACUUCACUUAAUUCAUACACUGAAAAUAGCCUCCCAAGUGAACUUCAGUUCAUAAUUAAGGCCUACUUUACUCCAACAUAUUUUCACAUUAUCACUUAUCCCAAGAGUUGAUUUAAGAACACAAAGAAUAUAAGAACAGCCCUGCUGGAUCAGGCCCAAGGCCUAUCUAGUCCAGCAUCCUUUUUCACACAGUGGCCCACCAGAUGCCUCUGGAAAGCCCACAAGCAAGAGCUGAAGGCAUGCACUCUCUCUCACUGUUGCUCCCCUGUAACUGCUAUUUAGAGGCAUCUUGCCUCUUAGGCUGGAGGUGGCCCAUAGCCUCCCUCAAACUAGUAGCCAUUGAUAGACUUGUCCACCAUGAAUUUGUCUAAGCCCUUCUUAAAGCCAUCCAGGCUGGUGGCUGUCACCACAUCUUGUGGCAGAGAAUUCCAUAGGUUAAUAAUGUGUUGUGUGAAAAAGUACUUCCUUUUGUUGGUCAUAAACUUUUUGGCAAUCAGUUUCAUGGGAUGACUCCCCAUUCUAGUGUUACAAAAAAAAGAGGAAGAAAAUUUUAUCUCUCUCCACACUAUGUAUAAUUUUAUACACUCUAUCAUGUCACCCCUCAGUUGUCUUUUUUUCUAAACUAAAAGGCCCUAGAUGUUGAAGCCUUAUCAUGUAAGGAAGAUGCUCUAGGCUCCUGAUCAUCUUGGUUGCCCUCUUCUAGGAGUUCUCCAGUUCUAUAAUGUCCUUUUUGAGGUAUGUUGAUCAGAACCAUACACAGUACUCCAAAUGUGGCUGUACCAUAGACUUGAAUAAGGGCAUUGUGAUAUUAGCAGUUUUAUUUUCAGUCCCCUUCCUAAUGAUUCCAAGCAUGGAAUUGACCUUUUUCACAGCUGCCACACAUUCAGUCAACACUUUCAAUGAACUGUACACCACAACCCCAAGAUCUUUCUCCCAGUGAGCCGCAGACAGCUCAGACUUCAUCAGCAUAUAUGUGGAAUUGGGUUUUUUGCCCCAAUAUGCAUCAUUUUACACUCGCUAACGUUGAACUGCAUCUGCCAUUUUGUUGCACAUUCCCCCAGUUUGGAGAGAUCCUUUUGGAGCUCCUCACAAUCUCUUUUGGAUUUCGCUACCCUUAAUAGUUUGGUGUCAUCUGCAAAUUUGGCCACCUUGCUGCUAAUCCCAACUUCAAGAUCAUUUAUGAAUAAAUUAAAAAGCACUGGUCCCAGUACAGAUCCCUGGGGGACCACACUUCUUACUUCCCUUCAUUUAGAGAAUUUUCUAUUUAUAUCUACCCUCUAUUUUCUGUCCUUCAACCAGUCACCAAUCCACACAUGAACCUGUCCCCUUAUCCCAUGACUACUAAGUUUUCUCAAGCGUCUUUGACGAGGAACUUUGUCAAAAGCUUUUUAAAAGGCCAAGUAUAUGAUGUCAACUGGAGGGGUUGAUUUUCAUCAGUGCAAAGAGAAAGGUUAAAUAUCCUCAUCCUGUACUUUGCAGUCCUGAACCAAAUCAGGUCUUUGGACCUGCAAUUUCAGUUAAACACACACAGAGUCCCAAACUAUGACAUUAAUGUAUAGUUUGGCCCCCAGUCACCACAGCACAUGAGAGAUCCUGAUAGACUGCCUGUGAUAAUUUCAGGAAACAGGAUUUCUUUUGUAUCCACCCCCAGCCUACUUCAUCUGGUACCAUACAACCCACUUGAGAUGGCUCUGGAAAGGUCUAGGAUGAGUCCAACUCCUUACCUCUUUUGAUUUUAUUUUCAAAAUAAUGAUACAGGGAAAGGAUCAAGCAACUUAUUAUUUGAUAUUUAGAAUGGAGGAUGUUGUUUUAUAAACAUGAUUUAUCUGAACUCCACCCACCAUACCCUACUAUUGGGAAACAUAUUUUUCCUUCUAUGCUGCUGCUUUUGAUCUACACUGCUUAAGUGUAGUGAUUUGUUACGAGUCUGCAUUUUUACUUGAAAGCAUCAACUUGCACACAACAUUAUUCCAAGAGCAUGCUCAUCAGCUAUGAUAACAUGUUAAUGAUAUCAAAGCUAGGAUCUUUGGAGUUAAAAUGUAAGCCUCAUCAACCUAAAGGGAAAAUCCUUGUUACAAAUUACCAGCAAUCCUGCUUCUAGAUUUCUAUAAGCCAGAUACUAAGUAUACAGAACAGAAAACAUACUACUUAGUAGCUAAGUAUCAGAAAUAAUAGGAGUAGUUUUACAAUCACUAAUCCUAAUUUCUUCUCCUUUUGGAUUGUGUACACUUUGAUUCUGCUUUCCAUGCAACUCCUGGUUUUUAUAUGCCAUCUUUCUUGGUUUUCUCUGGAAAGAUGUUUCCACCUUCUCCAGAAUUGUUUUUUAUACUCCUGUCCCAAACACAUUAUUUGGAAGUAAGUUCCAUUUACGGAAUGGAGUUCCCUUCCACUUAAUUGUGCUUUGUAUCACAGCCUUGGUAGUAUUUGUCUUCAAAAAGACCUAUUGAUCCUUACUCUCAAUCUUAUGAGAAGCUGAGUGCUUGCCUCAUAGCUUCACUCCUCUUGUACACAGUAUUUAACAAUAUAUCAAGCAAAUGGAUGUCAGGAUAGUAAUUAACAUUUUACAACCUUUUUGAGUGAUUAAAAACAUCCAGUUGUUAUUCAUAACUAGUUUGAUUUGAAUUAGCCCUGACCCAGCACCAGAAGUGCAAUAUCAUGUCCCCACAUAAUAGAUUGCCUUGCUGUGGGGGAAAUAGGUGUAGACUGCUUUUUAGAAAACAAUCAGAAUAGAAAUAUGUUCUUGCACUGAAGGAGAAAAGCUUCACAAUCCUCCAAACAGAGAGGGUUCUCUGAGACAAUGAUAUAUUCCAAAUAAAAUUAGAAAUCCACAUGACAUACAAGGACAUUGCACAAUAUUCUUAGCACCAUCUUCUGGCAGUCUGCGGCAAUUUGUGAAUAAACUGUGCCUUUUAAAACUCCCAGGUUAUUCACAGAUUGCCAGCUGAUGGCAAUAUUAUAUGAAUAUUACGUGAGGCCCUUGUGUAUUGUGUGGAUUUCUCAUUUUAUCACUGUAAUUUGCAUUGAAUAUAUCUCCUUCUAGAAAAGCCCAGAGAGAGAGAGAGAGAGAGAUUGAUGAAAUGGCAGAUGAGGAAUCAAGCAGCCUUACUGGGUUUUGGCACCUUUCUUUUUAAGGCUGCAAUCCUGUGGACACUUAUCUAGAAGUAAGUCCCAUUGAACACAGUGCUAGGACUUAUUUCCAACUAUCCAUUUGAGUAUAAGGCAGCUUGUGACAAUUCCUGUGCUGAAGCCAUACAUCAGGGAGGACUCAGACUUUAUAGUACUAUUAUAAGAAAAGGAAAACUUGAUGUACAGGAAUACUAUCCAGUAGGUGCUGAUGGUACUUAAGCAGUCAUAUUCCACACUGCAGUUCCAAUAAUCAAUGGGCUUGAGUGCUGAGAAAAUAUACUAUUUCCCAACAAAGGAUUCCCAUGAGGGAAAGAUGUUUGCUCCCUGCAAACGGCAAUUGGAAAUGUAUUGCUCAAAGGAAAGUCUUCUGGAAAGGCCCUUAGGACAGAAUUACACUUUAGGAAACCCAUGUUUGCCAAGUGCAAUGGGAAUGCUGCUGAUUCUUCCCUGAAAAACACUGGGGCCCCUCACCAUUUUCCUUUGCUGGGCUUAGUUCUAGUCUAGUUCGAGCCCAGUUGAAAGAGAAAAAUGGAUUAAAAGCAAGUAAAGGGCACUUGCAGAGGAAAAAAAAUAGCAGGCAGGAGAAAAAUUAAGCACCUCCUCCCUUCUUGCCCACUAAUUCUGCUCUGAAAAUGUCUAUUAGGAGGCAGCUAUGGGGUUGAGAAGUCUGUGUUUGCUUUGUAAUAUCUAGUUCUGUCCUUAGCUACCUGUAUGAGAUAUUAUUCAAUAGCUAGACUCUUAGACUUGUUAUAUUUUCAGAUUUGGAACUACAGAUAAACAUUUCUCUUUCUACUAUAGCACAGGAUGAGCUGAUUCAAACAUCCAGAAAAAGCACAUGGUACAUUUCUCUUAAGACUAUACCACUUUCAAUUCCAGGUGGUUGGGUGGGGAAGUCAAAUGUUUGAAUGCUCCUCAGUGUUAAUUCUGAAAACUGAUUCAUUUACAUGGCAAGCUAAUAUUAGGAAAGAACAUUUGAGCCUUUUUUAUCCUAGAUGUACUAGCUUUCCAUUAAUUGUGGGUUUCUGACAUGAGGGAAAAUUCAGAUCUUUAGCUCCUCCCAUUUGCAAGCUUGUGGUACAGUUCCCAGAGGACAAUACCAUGCACUUUUCCUGCAUAUUUGGAUUGGUUUUAGGACUGAUUAAUGAAUAUCAAUGCAGUGAAAGUUAAAAUAUUUAUCAUAAUCCAUGACUGACACAUUCCUAACAUAGCACUGCUGUUCUCCCCCAGCUAAUAUUUAUUGAUUGAAGCAUUACUUCGGUUAUUGGUGGAGAUGAAUAGAACCAUAUCCUUUGUCCAUACCUUAUUCUGCAAUCAAGAGAAAAUAGCUCCUUGGCUUUUUCUUGAGAUCCUGUGUUCAUAAUCAGAAAUAAAAUGAAGUACUUUUCAAUCAUGCAAAAACUAUUUCAAAAAUCUAUCAAUAUGUCAUAGUACAUAUCCCCAUCAUGUGUAUGUUUUCAUUAUUUUCCUAUAAAAUAUAAAAACAAAAUAAAUAAAUUGUUUAAACAUGCAGAA